AGCCAUAGCCACACAGCACAAAAACCCCACUUUCAAAUUCAAUAGACAUAGCCAUGGAUUUCAUACAAAUAUAAUACACAUAACACUCCCCUUUCAAAGCGUCCAUCAACAAAGCACCAAAAGAGAAAAAAAGAGGAAUUAAUCAAAGCAAAAAGCCACUUCUGCCAUCUGCUUUUAUGCUUUCUCCUCUUCCAUAUCUUGAAAAUUUAACCUCCCAAUUUGAAAAAUCCAAUCUUUUAUUAUAUUGCUUUCUGUAACGCGUGUAUUUACUGCACGCAAUUUGAUUUCAAAUUGCCUCCAUUUUCAUUUGUUUUAACUUCGCUGGUCAAAAUUUGCUGUCAUUUUCACGACAACUGAUCGAUCGGGGGAGGGCCUGCAAGGAAAGACCCAAUUGUGUGACAAGAUAAAGUGCUUCAAGAUUUGGGUUGGGUUGCUUUUCCUUUUUUCCAUUUCCCUCUGUUUUUUCUUGCUUUUGUGAGGGUUAAGAUCUGUUUCGAGCUGGAGACUUCAGUUUGUAGGAUCCCAUUUAUUUGAGGGAUUUUUUGUAUUGAGUGUUUUUCUGCUGGGUGGAAUUGGGAUCUUUUUUGCCCAAUUUCUUGGAGUGGCUUUGAAGCUAUAGGGGUUUUUAGGUUCACAAUUGGGGAAGUGGGGUUCAAGAUUCGUAGGUUUUGACAUGGUGAGUGGCGUGACUGGUUAUUGAAGGGUCACUAAUGGUGCUGUUGUUCGGUAAUCGUAUGGUCCCCUCCAUUAAGUUGGGCAGCUAAGUCGGUGGGGUCUGUGGAGUUAAAGUAGGAUUUCACUUUUGUAGAACAAAAAGGGUGGAAAAAGCUCCCCUUUUGAUCCAAUUAUAGGGGUGUUGAUUGCGGUUCAUUGAAUUGGAGGAGAGGGGCAAAGGACCCUCUUUGAGUCUCUGAGUGUAAUGUCGCCGGUUAAUAAUACGCGUUCCUAUCAAUCGAUCAAGUCGUUGCCCGUUGAUUUUAAGUAUGCGGGUGAUGAAGGUGUUGAUAGGAUGAUGUUGCCUGAAACUAUUUCGGAGAAUGCUGAAGAAUUGAGGGAUUCCUCGGAGGGGGCAGCUAAUGGUAGGGGUCAUGUUGGUUCAGAUAGUGAUGAAUCUCCCUAUGGUAGUUUGAAUGUGCCAGCCAAAGAUGGGGCUCCUUUGGCUGAUGAUAGUGAUGAUCAUAAGGAUCCAAGUACUCCUGUGCCGUUGGUUAAACGAUCAUAUGCUGAUUCGAAGUGGAGUGACACCACCCCGUAUGCGUCGAAGAAGAAAAUCCAGUCGUGGGUUCAGCUUCCUGAUGGUAAUUGGGAGCUGGGAACAGUUAUUCAGACUACUGGUAACAAUUCAGUGAUAACAUUGCCCGAGGGAAAAGUACUGCAAGUGAGUUCAGAAACUCCUAUACCGGCAAAUCCUGAUAUUCUUGAUGGUGUAGAUGACCUCAUGCAAUUGAGUUACCUAAACGAACCUUCAGUAUUGUACAAUCUCCAAUACAGAUAUGAUCGAGAUUUGAUCUAUACUAAAGCGGGCCCAGUACUGGUGGCAGUUAAUCCCUUUAAAAAAGUCUUGCUAUAUGGAAAUGAUUAUAUUGAAGCUUACAAGCGCAAAACUUUGGACAGCCCUCAUGUAUAUGCUAUCACGGACACAGCUAUGCGUGAAAUGAUCCGAGAUGAAGUAAACCAAUCUAUCAUUAUAAGUGGGGAAAGUGGAGCUGGAAAGACAGAAACUGCAAAGAUAGCAAUGCAAUAUUUGGCUGCUCUGGGAGGUGGUAGUGGUAUCGAGUAUGAGAUAUUAAAGACGAAUCCUAUUCUGGAAGCUUUUGGUAAUGCCAAGACAUUAAGAAAUGACAACUCAAGUCGAUUUGGAAAGCUGAUCGAAAUCCACUUCAGUGAAACUGGAAAAAUAUCGGGUGCCAAGAUUCAAACUUUUUUACUAGAGAAGUCAAGAGUUGUUCAAUGUUCGGAGGGAGAAAGAUCAUAUCAUAUAUUUUAUCAACUUUGUGCCGGGGCUUCACCUAGCCUAAGAGAUGGCAUUGACUGGGCAAAAGUUGAUUUUGAAGACAAUCAGGAUUGCCUUAAUUUGUUUGAGAAGGUGGAUGUAUAUUUCACUGUUAUCAGGUACGGUUUUCUUCUAUUAGAUCACGUAGCGUCUCAGGACCCGCUUAGUGUUUCCGUAGCAAUUCUUCAUCAGUUCAACAUUCUCCCUGAGAUGUACCAAGUUGGAUACACAAAAUUGUUUUUCCGAACUGGACAGAUUGGGGUCCUUGAAGAUACAAGAAAUCGCACUCUCCAUGGGAUAUUGCGUGUCCAAAGUUGCUUUAGAGGCCAUAAGGCUCGAUGCCUGCUGAGGGAUUUUAGGAGAGGGAUUGUUACCCUACAGUCAUUUAUCCGUGGAGAAAAGGUUAGGAAGGUGUACGCAGGCAUACUCCGAAGGCAUAGGGCCGCCAUAUCCAUCCAAAAGAAUGCCAGAGCUAGGAUUUUAAGGAAAAAGUUCAACAGAGUUAGGGAGGCAGCUACCUCGAUGCAAUCAGUUAUUCGUGGCUGGUUGGUCCGAAGAUGCUCGGGAGACAUAGGAUUGCUGCAAUUUGGAGGAAGAAAGGGUAAUGAGCCAGAAGAAGUGCUGGUAAAAUCGUCGUUCCUUGCGGAAUUGCAACGCCGUGUUCUCCGAGCUGAGGCCUCUCUAAGAGAGAAAGAAGAGGAGAACGACAUCCUUCACCAACGGCUGCAGCAGUACGAGAAUCGUUGGUCCGAAUACGAGCUAAAAAUGAAGUCUAUGGAGGAGGUGUGGCAGAAGCAGAUGAGAUCACUGCAGUCGAGCCUCUCCAUUGCAAAGAAGAGCCUCGCCUUCGACGAUUCCCAGAGAAACUCGGACGCCUCUGUAAAUGGAGCCGAAGAAAGUAGCUGGGACACCGGCAACAAUUUGAGGAUCCAAGAAAACGGGGUUAGACCAACGACCGCUGGGUUAAGCGUCAUUGGCCGGCUGGCUGAGGAGUUUGAGCAGAGGAGCCAAGUAUUUGGAGAUGACGCCAAGUUCUUGGUGGAAGUGAAGUCCGGCCAGACUGAGGCGAGCUUGGACCCGGAUCACGAGCUUCGGAGGCUGAAGGCGAUGUUCGAAGCUUGGAAGAAGGACUACGGGUCGAGAUUGAGGGAGACGAAGGUGAUACUUAACAAGCUCGGGGGCGAAGAGGGUAGUUCGGCUGAUAAGGCGAGGAAGAAGUGGUGGGGGAGGCGAAACAGCACGCGGAUGGGUUGACGUUUUACGAGGAGAGGCGCGUCGACGUCUACGAUGACGGAAGAGGUAGCUACAGGUGUAUAGUUAUGGUUUACUUGGCUGAAGGAAAUAUUUGGAAUUGCAUAUCUUUGUUAAGUUCGUGCAACUCAAAAGAGUGAAAGUUUCUUAUUAAUUCCUGAUAUUAGUCUUUGUAAAGGGUCUUCUUUUUUGGGGUUUUUGUGGAGAAGAAAAGGUUUGAUUUUUGGUGUUUUUCA